AUGAGACUCCCAUGGUCAAAGAAAGAGGUCGAUCUGGAGCCUACAACAGGUGAAGAUCCCAAAGAUUCUAAUGUCCUUGAGAGGAAGAUGGGUUUGAGCAAGAAGGGAGCGAUUUUCGCUGCUGGUGCUUCGCUCUUCUCCGAUGGAUACGCCAAUGCCUCUAUCGGUCCCGCAUCAACAAUCAUCAAAACGUAUAUUUACCCCGAAGCAUUCAAGAACCGACCUGUUAACGCUAGAUUGUUACCUGCUAUUGCUUUUGCCGGUAUCAUCGUAGGUCAGUUGUCGUUCGGUUGGAUCUCUGAUAAGAUCGGUAGAAAGUUCGGUAUGCUUCUUUGCACCGGUUUCGUCUUUGUAUUCUCGGCUCUUCAAGCUGCAUCUAAAGGACCUGGUGCGCAGGGAACGAUCAAUGCGUUGUUAGCCUAUCGAUUCUUAGUUGGUAUUGGAAUAGGUGGAGAGUACCCGACUGGAUCAGUAGCUGCUGCUGAAAAUACUGAGGAUCCAGAUAUCCCUAAGAAAACUCAACAACGUCUGUUCGUCCUGGCCACCAACACUAUGAUUGAUUUCGCUUUCGUCAUUUCUUACUUCGUUUGUCUCGUAUGUCUCUGGAUAUUCGGUAUGAACCACCUCAAUGCCGUUUGGAGAGUGACUUUAGGUCUCGGAGUGGUACCACCCUUGUUCUUAUUUUAUUUCCGAUUGAAAAUGAGGGAACCUGAAGCUUAUGCUAAACAUUCGAUGAAACAUACAAGAAUACCAUACUGGUCGAUCCUCAAAAGAUAUUGGGUCAAGCUUGCCGCUGUGUCCAUCACGUGGUUCUUAUACGAUUGGAUUACCUACCCAUUCGGACUGUACGCCAGCCCCAUCACCGACGCUGCUGAUCCCAAUGGAACACUCUACACAUCCAUCGGAUGGGGUUGUCUGAUCAACUUUUUCUACAUUCCCGGGACAGUCAUCGGAGCAUUCGUGGUUGAUUGGUUCGGACCCAAAUACUGUAUGAUCUUUGGAUUAUGUUGUCAGGCUAUCGUAGGGUUCAUCCUAUCUGGUACUUACAGCUUGUUGACUGAACCUGGAAGAAUUGCUGGAUUCGCCAUCUUAUAUGGUAUCUUCUUGUCUUUCGGAGAACUCGGUCCAGGAAACAACCUUGGUCUCCUCGCUUCCAAAGCUAUUGGACCUACUGCUGCUAGAGGACAAUUGUACGGUAUUGCCGCUGCCGUCGGAAAAGUCGGUGCUUUCAUCGGUACUUAUACAUUCCCUCAGAUCCAAGCAAGUUUCGGUGACGAAGGAUCAUACGGAUAUAACACUGGUGUAUUCUGGUUAGGAUCCGGUUUAGCUCUCGUAUCAGCAGCGAUCACCUUGGUUUUCAUUCCCAAUAUCAAACCCGAUGCUAUGCACGAUGAGGAUCUCGCGUUUAGGGAAUACUUAGAAGCAAACGGAUGGGAUACUUCCAAGAUGGGUCUCAAAGAUACUGUUUCGGACCUCGAGGGAAAACAAAUUGCUGCUCAUGGUAAAGCCGAUAAAGAGCUCGACUCGAACGCUACCACUGCUCCUGUCCUCUAG